UUGGUGGUGGCAUUGCGCACCGCACAGGUUUUUAUUUCGCUUAGUGUCAGAGAGACGCAAAGUAAAGUAGUUUUUUCUUCCCUUCCCACAUUAUGCUCGAUGGUUCAUUCAUCGAGGGUGGAUCGUGCUGCGAUGCUGUUGUUCCUGCUCUAUGAAUGUCGCCAUCAGAAAUGCCUACGCGUUGUACAAAAAGGAUCGACUCACCUUAAUUGAUCAGCAUUCAGAGUUAAACUCCUGGUCGAUGAACAUCACUUGUUCGUGUAUUCGUCUUUGUAAAGUGCAUAUCUUACAAAAUAAAACUAACCGGGUAUUGUGCGUGCUUUAAUUUUCAUUUGCUUUUUUAAAAUUAACUGUAAAAAUAAGAAAAUAUGGCAAUUGAAGGACAACGACUAAUGUCAAAAACUCAACACUAUCGAAAAGUAACAAAGCCCUUGCUUGAACGAAAACGUCGCGCUAGAAUGAAUCUUUACUUAGACGAAUUGAAGGAUUUGAUUGUGGAUACAAUGGAAGCUCAAGGAGAACAUAUAACUAAGUUGGAAAAAGCCGAUAUCCUUGAAAUGACAGUUCAAUAUUUAAAAACUAAAAAACAAACCGAAGGAAAUAAAGAGCAAUCUAAAAUCGAUCCUGAAAAAUUUCAAGCAGGAUAUACACAAGCGGCUUACGAAGUAUCAAAAGUAUUUGCUUCAUUUCCAGGACUAGAUUUGAAGUUUGGAACAAAACUAAUGAAACAUUUGGGAUAUCAGCUAAAAGAUAUGAAAGCAACACCAACUAUACCUACACAGCCAGCAGCAUAUCCAUCCGAACGUACAUCAAUAUUUUAUAACCCAUCAAUUGAAAUAACAGAUUUAAAGGUAAACUCAUCUCAUAGAUCAGAAGAAGGUCAAGAAGGCGAAGUUUGGCGUCCGUGGUAAAGAGAAAAUCCAACUGUGGGUCGAUCUCAAGAAAGGAAGAUACUCAGGAAACGAUCUGAAGGAUAAUUCGAAAGCUUUAUUUUACAUAUAGUAUUCUUUACUAUAUUUAAGUUAAUUUUUUUAUUGCACUUCCAUUAGUUUUAAGGUUAAACUACUCAUUCUACACACAGCUUUAUUAGAAUAAAAUAUUACAUUACGUUUAUCCUAGUAUUAAUUAUAACUUUUUUUGUUUUGAUUGAAAAGCAAAUAACAUAAUGUUACUUAAACUUCUUUUGCGAAUUGGAAUAAAGUUUAUAUAGCUUUUGUUUAUUCUUAAAAAAUAAAACAAAAAUAAAAUAUUAAUCAUGUAAAUUAAGUUUGUGAUUGAAUUGUGAUAGCAGGAUGUAUUUUAUGUAUUUC